AUGGCUACCAUUCUGACUAUGCACCUGCCAUCCGAUGAUGAAGCCGACUCGGAUUAUUCCGCUUCUGGACCUUCAUCAGAAGAUGAGCGUGAGGUCAAGAAAUCUAAGCGACAGCUGAAACGAGAGAUUCAUUUGGAGGAGCAGCGCCAGAAAUUGAAGCACAAAGUUGACAACAUCUUUGGCGAUAUGAUAAAGGAGAGCGACAUGAUGUACCGGCACAAACAAACUACCAAGCCUACAGAUUUUAUGUUGCAGUUUCAUAGGAGAGAUUAUACUGGCGCCGGAUGCCGAAACGGGAAACUGCAUGAGUUAGACCGUUUCAUGGCGCUUUGUAGCAGUCGCAUAUUUGAUGAAGAACAAACGCUAAACAUACGCGAAUUCAAACAGCAGUGCAGGAAUACUUCAGAUUCGGAAAACUUGGGCUUGAUUCACGAGGCGGUCAGGACUUCAGAUAAUAUUGAACCUACUACAAUAGCAAAGGCAUACAACUUUGCAGGAAAAACGUAUACCAUCAAGGAACGUGUAGACAAGACAUCCAGGAGAUACAAGCAACACAUGAAGGGACAACGUCAAGCUGUCGGCGGCUCCCUUUCUUUCAUCGAUGAUAUUGUCAGCGAGUUGGAUAGUGUUCCAAAGCUUUCCGCAAUAAAGAAAUCGGAAGCCGACUGGAAUCAAUACAAAGAAGACAACCGUAUUGAUGCGCUCCAGCAGAAUCACAAAUUCCUAAAAGAGCAGGACUUCUUACACCGCGUUGCCUGGAAGGAGCACGACAAUUAUCUACAUGUUCGCGGCCAAUGA